GUUUUGUUUGCAGGUGUGUUUCUAUUUAUAGUAUUGUAUUCAUAAAAUAUAACAUACUCUUUUUUCUCUCUUUCUAUCUCUCUCUCCUCUUCUCCUCCUCCUCCUUCUUCUUCUUCUGGCUCUAAUUAUUACUUCAGUUACGUAUAUAUAAUUUGUCAUUUGUGGUAAAAAGUAGAAAAUUUCAAUUACUAUUAUUUCUUUUUAAAAAAAAAUCUCUUACAAAAUAGAAUAAAUAGGGAAACCUUAUUUUAUUAACAUAAUAAUUUUUUAUACCAUGCGGGUUUAGAUAUGUAUAUAUAGAUAUAUUUCAAUAAAUCAAAAAGUAUAGAGAAAUAUUUUAUCUUUAAUAUUUUACACGAUAGAUGGCGUAAUCUACCCAUUUUACUGCCUGGAUAUAAUAAAGUAGAUCGUGUUACUGUUUUACUCUUUUCCAAGUGAAAAUUUUGUCAAGUGCGAAAAAUAUCAAGUUUUCUUUUCUUUGAAAUAAAUCUAUACUUAAUUUAACGGUUUUUUUGAAUUUUUUUUCUUAAAAGAUAACUUUUAGCACGUUUUGCUUUUCACAAAAAUGCCUGAGAGUUUAUUUUCUUUCUCUUUUGUUUUAUGAAAUUUUAAUGACAAGUUAGAGAUAAAGAUAAAAAUUUAUUAUUUGAUAACGAUCACCCUUUUGAUAUAAGAAGACAUAAAAGAUAUUUAAUGAUUCUUCUUGGUAACAAGUAGCAACUCCAUGGAAACGAGGCCAAUUUCCGUUGAGUUCUUAUUCACCCGAUUUAAUUGAGGAAAAGAACAAUUAUGAAUUGUCUGUUAAAGAUAAUCCUUUAAUAUAAAAAUAUAGAUACAUCAAUUAUCUCUACUAUACAUUUAUAUAUAUAGAUAUUAUAUAUACAUAUAUAAAUGAAUUGAAAUCAUAAUGUGUGCUGAAAGAUAUCAAACUACAAACAAGUAUGAUUGCCUUGAAAGAAUAAUAAAUAAAACAGCUUUAACAACCAAAAGAGUAACUCACGAAAAUAUAAUUGGACUAAUUGAAAAGAAUACUUCUGAAAGUUCUCCCAGGUCUGAUCAAAAGAAAUUAUCAAAUAAUGAAUGUGUAAAAGAGAAUGUUGACAAAAAGUUUGCUAGAGAAUUAUCAAAAGCUCUUCAUGAUCAGGAGGUUGAGCUUUUACAGGAGAAAAAUCAUGCUGUUGAAAGGCAGAGAAUUCUUCUUAAAGAACAUUACGAAAGAAUAAUGACCGAACGAAGCAUUCUAGAAGAAGAACGAAAAAAAGAUAUUGAAAGGCGUUGCAAUAUUCAAAAAGAAGAGGCAUUAAAACUCCAACAAGAGGAAUUUGAAAGGAUCACAAAAGAGAAUAUGGAAAGAACAAGAAGAGAACUUGAAAAUCAGCUAAAGAAAGAAUUUAUCUUAGAGAAAGAAUUGGCUGUAGCUGAGGCCCUAACUAAAGCUAGAGAAAUGAAUAAAAAAAGAAUAAAAGAGGCAAUAGAUAAGACAAAAGAGGAAUGCGAAAGAGAAACUGAAGAGAAAUUGAAUAAAUUAACACUUGUACACAAGGAAAAACUUGAAAUUGAAAAGGAAAAGUUUAAAAGGUUAGAGAAGAGGUUCGAAGAUUUGAAAGAUAAGAAGUAUUUAGUGGAAUCGGAUUUUAAGGAGCUGCAGGAUGAUUAUAGAAAGUUUAUGGAUUAUACUGAUGGAUAUUUCCAUUCGGAUUAUCUCAUGAAACUACGAUCUCAUGGUAUGAAACUACUCGAUGAAGAAGAGAACGAUUUACAAUCACUUUUACAAAAUAAAUAAAUAAAUAAAAGAAAAUAAACUUUUGUAGCUAAAAGAGAAAAUUUAAAAAUAAAAUACUCAGCGGCUUGAUCAUUCAUGAGUGUGCCAU